AUGACGCCCUCUGCCAGUGCAGCUGCCGUUGCACCGCCAGCGCCUACUGCCAGCCCGCCGCCACCCCCCGCCGACGAGUUUGUGAUGCGGGUGGUGAGCCUGGAGCACUGCAUGGCAGCACCCCUGCCCGGCGUGGACACGUGCUGGUCAGAGCUGGCGGGGUGCGCGGUGCAGCAGGUGCCUGUAGUGCGCAUCUACGGCUCCACGCCUGCCGGCCAAAAGUGCUGCCUGCACCUCCACAAGGUGAGCGGCCCUGGCCCUGCCUGGGAAGAGGGAAGCCGCGGGUACCAGGCUGGCCCCGACUGCAAAGGAAGCAGCACCAAAGCCUGCAGCCGCCCUGCCACGGCGUGGUUGUGCUGGACACAGGGCGGGCGCCAACGCUGGGUGUGCACACCGUCUUCGCCUUCUCUUCCCCCUGCAGGUCUUCCCCUACUUCUACCUGCCCUACCCCCCAGACCUGCCCCAGGACCCGGCUGGAGGUGUGGCGGCAGCCCCCUGACCACCUCUUCCAGUGCCUUCCUGCUUGUUCGUUUGCUCCUCAAAUGCUGCCCAGCCAACACGCUGCUGGCCGAGUCUUGA